UGGACACCUUAGGAUCUGCAGAAUGUUCCUCUGUUGACUUUGCAACCCCUGAUAGAUGCAUAGGAGACUGUCAGCUCAGAGGAUACCAGAACUGUGCUCGAUGCAGAUCGGCUCUGACUCAACAGAUCCGCUGCUGUUCUACGACGAACAAGGAGAACGGACGAAGUAGCUCCGUUCAACGAUCAAAAAGCACAAUCACGCCUUCAAAGACCAUCUCGGGGCGACGUCAGUCUCGUGUACGGAGCUCCUCCAAUGACAGGACGCUUGACAGAACUGACGUGGGGGUCGGUAAACGGAGACAGUCUUCAAAGAGUCUUGACCGAUCGGCAUCCUUCUUUCAUUGUCUAGCAUCCGCCGGAAGUCGUUCGGGUUGAAGGGAAAUACGACAAGAAAGGCGAACAAGGAACAGCGGAAGAUGUAUGCCAAACGUGUCAAGAAACUCCGAGCGGACAAACAAGUUGCCCUAACAGGAUCUUUCCUGAUUCUAUCGAGUCUCCUCUGCUGGUUACCUUACGCCAUCACACGCUCCUGUUUCUUCCCUGUUCAUACCAAGCACUGGAUCGACAUCACCGCCAUGUGGAUCUCCUUCGUCAACGCUUUCCUCGACCCGGUCAUCUACGCCUUCAUGAACCGGCGAGUCAAGGCGAAGAUAAGUGACGACUUCAUGGCUAUUCGGCGCUAUUUCCGGUUCUGCCGUAGUGGUGGUUCAAAAGAAGUUGACAAGUAAAGAUCAUCGAAGGCCAUUUACGACAUCGUCAGAAGCAACAGCAUCAUUUGCGUAUUAUGCCUCGGUGAGAGGAGGCUAAAUUGAGGGAGAACUUCAGGGCGAUCAUCGGUUUAAGUUUUGCUGCGGUGGUGGUUAAGAGGAAGACGAAACAGAGGCCAUGUAUUUGAUGUCACUGUGGUCGGGAUCAUCAUGAGCAGCAUCAUCUACGUCGUUUUCGCCUUCGGGAAUCAUCCGGCCAACGCCCAUUUAUAGGGAGACUUUCAGCAGUACCUCCAGUUCUGCUAAAGCGUUGGUUUAGCGGAAGACGAAAGGGAAGACGAGUAUUAUGUUCAAGGUCAUUGUCAAUAUCACUAGAAGUAGCAACAUCUUCAUCGUGUACGCCUGAACAAUACAAUACAAUACAAUAAAGUCAUUUCUAUAGCGCUCUUACAAACUAACUGUUGUUUCACAGCGCUUUACAUAAAAGUUAUCGAAGAAUCUAUUGUUGAUCAUGGUCAAAGAGGAGAGUUUUGAGAUAUUUUUGGAAGACAUCCAGCGAAAGUGAUAAUCGAAUAACACGUGGAAGCUCAUUCCAGAGUCGAGGAGCACAUGCAUGGAAAGCAUUGUCGCGAGCUUUGGCGAGUCAAGCCGUGGUAAUUACUUCAGGGCCUUUUCAGAGAAAUAUCUUUCUUCUCCUGCGAUCUUUAGGGGACGGGAAGAGGGAGUGCGAGUAACUGUCCUCACAGACUGAUAAUCAUCGUCAACAAAUCAUAUCUAUUCUAAUCCGUACGUACUACCAUUGCAUUUUGCCAUCCUAACAAUUAUUAUCCUAAUCAGUACCAUCGUUAUUCUCAUAAUUAUCAUUAUCAUCGUCAUCUUCGUUUUCAUCUAUGACUAAACUUUCACGAGCCGGGCGAUUCUAGGCAAAUACGACCCAGGAUACACGAGAUACAAUGAACAUGGUGAAGGUAUCUCGAACUCUCUCAGCCCCGUAUCUCACGGAUAUCUGCACUUCUAUGCCCGACUCUCUCCAACUACUGUAUCUCUGCUUCUUCAAUCACUUCUCUUUCUCCUCGUUUCCCUUGUCUAUAUAUUAUAUUAUAUACAUACCUGCCAACCUUUGGAGACUAAAAAUAGUAAU